CUAGUAAACAUUGGAAUAUGGCACAGUCGGGGAGUGUGCAGACUGAGGAGGAACCUUUCCGUUGUCCGAUCUGUCUAGAAGAGCUGAAGAUUCCUAGAUAUUUACCAUGUUUACAUACGUUCUGUGAGGCGUGCAUUCAGACCUACAUAUCUAGUACAGCAGCCCGUUUGGAGCAAAACACUCGGAAUUUCAUUGAGUGUCCAGUUUGCCGAAGUUCAGCCAUGGAACCGAGACAAGGGGUUUCUAGCGAAGAAUGGGUAAAAGAUCUACCAAUCAAUAAAUGGAUAUUGACUAUGUCACUAAACUCGGCGAGUGACGCAAAUAAAUAUUGUCUCUUCUGUAGACGAGAGAAUCUUACAGUGUUGGCAAAACGUUGGUGUAAAACCUGCGCUGAACCAAUCUGUGACGACUGUAAUCGUAUUCAUAGAAAAGUACCUGUCCUCCGAAACCAUAAAAUUUACUGCUUAUCUGAUAAACUCAAGUGGAGCGAACCUGUUGAUGUCGAAGAACAAUGUAGUGUUCAUAAAGAAAAACUUGUGGAAGUGUUUUGUAUAGACCAUAACAAAAUGUGCUGCAGUGUUUGUUUUGCAACACAGCAUAGACAUUGUUCUUGUGUUGAAUCAAUAGAAGAUGUUGCAUUGUUUCUUGAUACAAAGAAAGUUAGAAAAAAUGUGGAGUCACUGACAAGUUUAUUAGAUAAUCUGUCUGCACAACAGAUUGAAAAUAUGGUGCAAAAGGAAAGACUGAAUAAAGCAAAGGAGGAAAUAUGUCUAAAUUUUGAAGACAAAGUAAAGAGGGUCAAAGCCCUGAUUGACGAAAGGCAUGCUCAGUGGCUGAAGCGUUUUGAUGUCGCUCAUAAACAACAAACUGACAAUAUCGAUACUGUAUCAGAUGAGUUGAAGCGGUUUAGUACUACAGUUAGAGAGGCGAAAACAUUACUUUCCUCGAUUUUCGAGAAUGGCUCAGAAAUACAACUCUUCAUUACACAACAAAAAAUCUCUUCUCAAAUCUCGGCCCAUUUUGAUAGACUAGAAUCGUUGCGUACAUGGGAUUUGGCUGAGACGUAUUCUGAGACGCACACUGACAUUCAACAGAUCUGUUGUACAGGCCAGAUCGAGGAUGUGAAAAUAUCCCUUAAGUCCAGCAAUGCUCUUCCUGUAAUUUCAAAGGAAGUAAGAAACAUCACUGCCCUCUCCCACGUUACCGGGUACCCCACUGCUGCCUCUGUUUUCCUCUCUAUUGCCAACGGUUUUAAGAGGCUCCUGGCCAUUGCUGUGGAAACGGACUACACUUUUCCAGAGGCUGAAAAGACCAAGAAAUACUUGAAAGAUCUCAGCUGCCGCUCCUUUGGAGAAGAAAAGGAAAAACUAGAGCCAGAGUUGGAGUCUGAAGAUAGCAUGAGCUUUGGGUUGUUUGACUAAUAGGUUGAAAAUAAAAUCUUACAUUCAGA